GUCAAAAUUAUGACGCAAGAUGUCAAGUAUUCGUUUAAAAGAAAAACGGGAAACUAGUUGUUUGUAUAAAGUGUUUCGCCUCUUUUUUUGCUGUAUAUCGUCGCAGGAUCUUUUAGAAAAUGUCACUGAUACCAAAAACAGUGCAGUUCAAUGUAAUAUUCCAAUCACCCCAACGGAAUUUCAGAACUUUUACAUAGAUAAAGAGAAAAUCCAAAGGGAUUUGCAACCUUCUUUGGAAAAAUUGGAUACUUUGAUCAGUACUUUAAACCAACUUUAUAUAAAGGAGACAGAAAGGGUGAAAGAUAUGGAAAGAAUGAUAGAAAACGUUGAAGAAGAUACUAACGAAACAAUAGGUGAACAAUGUAAAAUAUUAGAUCCAUUCUUUCCUGAAACUACACUCAAUUCCUUACCCGUUAUUCUUCGUAGAUCUUUUUCAGAAUAUUCCAGAAGAAAAAAUGUAAUUUGUAAUAAAAAUAUACGCGAAAACGCCGGGAGAAAAAUCACUAUUCUACAAAGCAACUUCUCUCAACUUUCGACAAACUUUGGACUGUUCAGUACAAACAUUUCGAACAAUUUGACGACCAUACAAACAGAUAUGAACAGUUUGAAACAUAUAUUCGAUAAUAUCAAAUGUAUUAUGGUUAAUGAAGAAAACGGGUACGUUACUUUCGCUUGUGGUGGUUUUAAAAACUUAUUUUUGGAACCGAAACAAGCUUGCUUAGUUGGAUCUAAAGAUCUCAUCGGGGCGAAAAUAAGCGUCGAGAAUUUUUGUAGGUUUUAUAAGUUAGGACAAAUAUACGACAGAAAAUCUAAAAGAAAAAUAUUAAAAAGCAAAAUUAAAUGAUUAAAUAAAUUCGAUUC